AGUUAUCGGAUAUCAGUAUCAAGAUCGAUGUCAACGACGCAGAUACCAAUACGAUAGGCCUGAAUGGAAAGUUUGUGUGAUAUCUGGGAAUAAAAUAGAUUGUAAUAAACAUUUAAAGAUCCAUGGCAAACCCAUUUUCAGUAUUUUCAGUUCCAUUAUUUUUUUUAGAAGGACCUAAAAUAACAGACCCCCUAAUACAAUGCAUCAUAGACAACAAGUUAAAGAAACUUUGCAAAUUAAUCGGAGGCAGAGAUAUUAAUGGACUGUACCCUUCUAAAGACUGGAAGGAUGAUGUUACUCCAUUAUCUGCAGCAGUUUUAUGCAGAAAUGAAGAAAUCUGCUCUUAUCUACUUGAAGAGUCAGCUGAUCCAAACAAACCCUCAACAAUUGGACUAACUCCUCUACAUUACGCUGCUUUAACUGGAGUUCCACUGACUAUUGUGAAAAGAUUACUUGCAGCAAAAGCUGAUCCAGAUAGACGAGGAUCACAAAUGUGCACUCCACUGCAAUGUGCUGUUGAUCGUGACUAUGAAGACAUUGUGAAAGCACUUAUAGAGGCUGGAGCUUCACCUGAAAAGAGCAUUGGGUUGAAUCCAGAGCUUAAUAAAAAACUGGAGAGAACGAUUCAUCAAUUAUCUUCACAGGGUGAAGUGUUUGAGAAAGUACAUCUAUUUUUCUCUCUUUCUCGUGCUCUACGAACAAACAAUCUUUGUCGAAGCUAUAACGAACAUUUCUUUCAAGAGCAUCCUUUCAAUCAUACUGUUCUGCUUGAGCUCUACUUUAGUGUCGUUGAUAUGGAGCAGUAUCAUCACAUCGCCAUCAAAUGGUUAAAAGACACAAAGAGUGCAGACAGAUACAUGGAGGGAGUCAUCAAGCGCUUCCCAAGAAUCCCUCAGGAACACUGGCCAAAUGCACUGGACUGCUUAAAUGCUGCUUUGUGUGUCAGUGAAAGUGUUUCUCCUCAGGUAUUCAGUGAUCUUGUGCCAAUUCUAACUAAAAGUCUUCAGGACUCUGGAAACACAGACGGUGAAACAGUCAGUUUGAUACUCAAAAUACUCAAUGUCAUGAUGCAGAAGACGUCUGAGCAGAAACUGAGUAUGAAUCUUUCCGUCUAUGAGAAGUUGUGCAAAAGUCUGUUGCCUCUCACACGUCCUGAUUAUUCAAGUCUCAUUGGAGUUUGGACAUAUGGACUGUUUGCCUAUAUAAAUGACUUCACUCCUAAACUUGUAGCAUUUUGUGGAUUGUCACCCGUCCCAGAGAUGAUACUUAUCAAAGCAGAGACAGAGAUGGAUAAAGUCAUGAAAAAAAAGCUGCAAAAGUUGGAUGAAUCACUGAGACAUCCAACAGGUUCGAGUGCAGUGGAUAGUUUAUGUGAGGAGACUGCAGCUCUAUCAACAAGCAGGAAGAAGAAGAAAAAGAAAAAGAAGAAAAAAAUCCAGCAAGAAGAAGGAUCACAAGAAAGUGAGCAGCAAGAUAAAGAGGACACUGUAGUGACAUCCAUUGAGGAAUCAAGUCCCAGUGUGCAGCCGUUCACACAACCUAAUGAAACCCCAAAUAUCCCAAGAAGGUGGCAUCAAACCAGCUGUCGUUGGAGGUCCAAGCUUGAGAAGCUAGCUAACAUUGAUGCUAGCAAGACAUACAGACCGCCAGGUCUUACUCUUGUUCUUGACCCCGAAUUUCUGAUCGCUAAGGGAAGUGAUGGAACAGAAGUUUACCUUGGAUUGAGGGAUGAUGGCACUGAGGUGGCUGUGAAACAAAUGAUUAAGUCUAAUUACCAAGUCCUCAAAAACGAGGAGGAAUUUCUACGACUCCCAGAACUUGAUGAUCCCUCUAUCGUGCGAUAUGUGGACUUCGCUGAAGAUGACAAUUUCGGAUAUCUUGUUCUUCAGCUUUGUGAGUACACACUGGAGGAAUAUAUCCAAGAUCAUUUACCAGAUGACAGCGCUGAGAGAUCUUUGGUUCUGAAGAAGCUGGUGAAGGAAGUUCUCUGCAGCUUACAGGUUUUACACGACAAGAAGACCAAAGUGCUCCAUCGAGACAUCAAACCCCAGAAUGUCCUGAUUGACAUAAAAGGACAAGCCAGAUUGGCUGAUUUUGGCAUAAGUCGCCGACUGAAACACGGCGAAACCACUUUACGAACAAGCAUCGCUGGAACUAGAUGCUGGAAGGCAAAGGAAAACAUACAUGAGAAAGUCAACACUGGCUACAAGAGGAGCUCCGACAUUCAGGUUGCUGGGAUGUUAGUGUACUACAUUCUCUCUGGAGGACAACAUCCAUUUGGUGAACAACCAUUUUGUGAAGUCAACAUUUUACAAGGAAGAUACUCACUGGAUCAUCUGGAUAAUGAUGUAGCGAAGGAUCUCGUCGAGUGGAUGAUAAAUGAAGAUCCAAACAACAGACCAACUGUGGAGCAAACCCUCGCACACCCCUUCGUCUGGACUGAUGACAGGAGAGUGGAGUAUUUGAAAAAAAUGGGGAACCAGAAAGAGGUUAACAACUAUCGUAAUGUUGAUGAGGAGCUCCUUCAAGCCGCUGAAAAAUACACAGAGGGGAAAAGCUUUUCUGAAUGGAAGACUAAAUUUCCAUCUGAGAUUGUCCAGAAACUGGAUGGUAAGAAGAAAGCCUAUCCUGAGAACACACUGGGCCUGCUGCGAUUUAUACGCAACCUACACGAGCAUUAUGCAGAGGACGCGGAGAGCAUCAGCCUGAUGGCUUCAUUCCCUGAUCUGUUUGGGAGUGUGUUCAUGUUUGCGAAGGAGAGAGGAUGGAACUCCAGAGCGAGUCUGAAAAAGUUCUUCAGCUCAGCUCCACAGAUCUGAUUGUUGUAUUUUUGGUUUCAGUAUGUACAUUGAUUCUACAUCAUGAAUGAGUUUAAAUGUAUGGAUAAAUGUAGAUUCAUUGUUUUCAUGAAAUGAGGCCCUGACAGCUGAAAAACUCUGACACCUGAGGAGACAAAAUAUACCAAAAUAUACCAAGAGUAUGUAGUGCAUUUUUAAACUGGCUAAUUUGUUUAAUCUCAGAUAUUGAUUUAUCUUGUGGAAAAUAUGUAGAUGUUACAGAGCUUCCUCAUGGCAGUACUAAAUAACAACAACAAAAAAACAAAUUAUCACACUUCAUAAAAAUUAUAAACAUUUUACAGAUUCUACACUCUAAAAAUGCUGGGUUAAAAACAGCCAUUUCUGGCUUUGGCAACUAAGUGCUGGGUAAAUAUUGGACAGAACACAUGCUGGGUUAUUUUAACGCAGCUUGUUGGCUUUUAUACAUUAACCCAUUUGCUUGUUGUUUUGACAUAGUGCUGCUGGGUUCCCAAACGAUUAAACGUUGUAAUUAAAAGGAAAGUUGAUGUGACAGAGUGUUAAACAUGCCUCUGCCCCAACUUUUUUGGA